AGUCAACGAGUCCGAGGUCGGAUACGGAAGUACCCGAGGAUUUCCGAAACAAGCCGAAGAUCGCGCUGGCCCAGAGAUCAGUUGAGGCGCCAUCAUGGCGGACCUGAUCGCGAAGCUCCGGGCAGAUGGGAUCCAAAAGCGGGUCGUGCAGGAAGGCCGAGGAGAGCUUCCCGAUUACCAGGACGGGACCAAGGCUACCUUCCAUUACCGCACACUGCUCUGCAGCCCAGACCAGCAGGUCUUAGAUGACAGUCGUACACGAGGCAAACCCAUGGAGCUCAUCGUUGGCAAGAAGUUCAAGCUGCCUGUCUGGGAAACCAUCUUGUGCACCAUGCGGGAGGGAGAGCUGGCUGAGUUUCUGUGUGACGCGAAGCAUGUAGUGUUAUACCCAACAGUGUCAAAGAGCUUGAGAAACAUUGCAGCGGGGAAAGACCCAUUGGAGGGGCAGCGACACUGCUGUGGCAUUGCUCAGAUGCAUGAGCAUCACUCGCUUGGUUACCCGGACCUUGAUGAGCUCCAGCAGAAUCCCCGGCCUCUCAUCUUUGCCAUCGAGAUGCUCAAGGUGGAGGGCCUGGGCUCCUAUCGCCAGGAUCCUUGGGCCAUGUCAGAUGAGGAGAAGAUGAAGGCGGUGCCCCUGAUCCACCAGGAGGGCAAUGAGCUCUACAAGCAAGGCAAGGUGCAGGAGGCUGCUGCCAAGUACUAUGAUGCCAUCGCUUGCCUCAAAAACCUGCAGAUGAAGGAGCAACCAGGAUCCCCCGACUGGAUCCAGCUGGAUCAACAGAUCACCCCUUUACUGCUAAAUUACUGUCAGUGUAAGCUUCUGAGCGAGGAAUACUAUGAGGUGCUGGAUCACUGCUCUUCCAUUCUCAACAAAUACGAAGAUAAUGUCAAGGCCUACUUCAAAAGAGCCAAGGCCCACGCAGCCGUUUGGAAUGCGACUGAAGCUCAGGCUGACUUUGCCAAAGUGUUGCAGCUGGAUCCAUCACUGGGGCCUGUGGUUGCACGGGAGCUGCGCAGCCUGGAAAGCCGCUUGCGUCAGAAAGAUGAUGAGGACAAGACCCGUUUCAAAGGCAUCUUCUCCUAGUAGCCACGCUGCAGCUCAGGCUUUGCCAUCAGUACCCAAGUGCAAGACAGCAUAAAUGGACUGUGUGGUUCUUUGACAGCAGUAAGGGCCAGCAGGUAAUUACUGCCUAUAGAGAUGCUGAAGGAGCUGGCCUUUCUUGUCAUCUUUGUGCAUAUAGUCCUGUUUGCUGCUGCCAAAGUAAGCAGGGGAAUGGGCAUGGGAAGUCUUUCUGAUUAUCCAAGUCAAAGGAGGUGGACAAAGCUUACCAAGAGUGCAUCUGUCAGGUUUGAUGUAUGCCUCUGUGUUACCCCCAGAAGAGAUUAUUUAUCUUGUUGCGCCAUACUUGGUGCCUUUCCCCCCCCUGGUUACUUCCCAAACUGGUGCCAGAGGCAAAUUGGUAUGGAUUUCUUAUCUAUGCUAAGGCUUCCCAUUCUGCUGUUUGGAAGCAUGAAUGCUCUAGCUCGUCUCUGCAGUCAUUUUUUUCUUUGGCCACAAGACUGUGUGGUGCCAGCAGGAGGCACUGGGGUGACCAUUUAGCAUGUGGGGUGUGCAGAAGUGAUCAGUGCUUCCUGUAGUACUCUUCCCCUUCCCCCUCCACUGCUGUCAACACAUGCAUGCACCACAUACACGAGUGUGUGCCAGAUUGGUUAUGUUGCCCGUUUCUUGCUCAUUACUGUGUGGGAGCAUGCCCUGGUAUCCAGAUACUCAUUCGUGGAGGAAGCUUCCAGAGUUUCUUUAUGGGUGGAUAAGAAAGAUAAAACAAAAUGGUCGGUGCUGUGGCCAAGUUGAGUCUCAGAAAAAGCACCCAGAGUCGUCGUUUCUAAGCCCAGGCUGGGAUGGCUGUAUUGGCCACCCUUGCCAGUCUCUGCAUUUCUAAUAUGGCUUUUUGAUUAUUUUAGCCAGGGGAGGAUGACAAUGAUGGGUGGUUCCAUGUAUGGCAAAGGUCAGGAGCCCCUGCCUAAUGCCAGCCCCUAGUUACCUGGUGUGAUGAGAACUGUCAGUGUUCCCUUUUGUCGCCAGAAGUCUUUAAACUGGUUGCCGUUUCAGAUCUAGGGCUGGAAGGAGCUGCAGUAGUUGUGGUUCCUCUGCUAUUGCAUCUGCCAAAGAUAAGUCUCUUCAUUGAGCCUCUCACUUGUAGUUUGGGCCUUUCGGUGCUCAAGGGAGAGAAAAGUUCUGUGAUUUCUGGAAAUCGCAACGCCUCCAGGAACAAACGUGGCAAAGUAGUCAGGAACACCAACAGACUUCAGGCUCUUCUUCCUUUGUCUGAAUUCAGGCCUUAGGAGCAAACAGCUAAGGAAGGCUCCCAUAGGUAUCCGAAGUGUCAAGCUUUCCACAGUACCUUUCUGUACAGUACAUUUCUCCCUCCAAGAUUAGGGGGGGCUAAGUGUGCUACAGGAUCUCUCUCUUCCAUGCUUCCUAUGAAAUCUCAGCCACGUGGAACAGCUCAGAUAUUUUUCAUGCUAGCGGUCUCUGUUUGCACCAGUGGCUUGUCCAAGGAGGGACCAAGAGAACAGUGCUCAAUAGAGGCAUCCUUUUCUCUGUUGUUAUCAGCUGCUAUGGAGGUUUCAGUGGUAGAAUCAUUUCCUUCCUGGCAAAAUGUGAUGGUUAUUUGGCACAGAUGCAGUGUUUCUCAUAUGGAAACGGGACCUAAGAGAAACAAGGUUAGUGUGCAGAAGCUAUUUGCCCAGUGCAUUCCUCAAUAGGAAAGGCCCCUAACCCAGUCCGCUAUGGACUGCUUGCAUCCUGGAACAGGUUUCUGGAUGUGGAUCACUCUUUUGCAUAUGGUCCUGUGCCCACACAUUGUCGGGGGAGGGGUCAUGCUGGGCAAUUGGGGGAUGUAAAGACUAUUGAGCUGACUGGAGACUGUAUAGUCCAUGCUGUGGGGAGAUGAUUUCCAGGCUUACUCUUCUUUGUUUGAUGAGGCCCGUUGGAAAUAACAGUAGUGAUCAAGAUGGUGUUUGGGACCUCUUUACCUGCAGCAAUGUUGAUCUCAGGGGCACUUGUUUCAGAUGCCUGCCACACACAUACAGACAAAUAUACACACCUUUCCUUUCCUAGCUUUCCCCUCCCCACCCAGAGAUUAAUUUUUCAAGUGGUAUUCCCUGGCAACUCUUUGGUCCAGGCUCGAUGACAGCUUUCUGCCUUGGCGUACCUGUUUUCUGUUGCACCAGUUUAGAAAGCCUGAGCUGCUGCUUCUAUAGACACCUUUUCCCUGCCUUCUUUAGCCACUUCAGCCUUGGGCAGGGAGAAAGAGAGGGAGGGAGGGGGGGGGUGCUGAAGUAAACUGGGUGAGAGCGGGCAGUCGUGGCAAAAGUGUCUCAGGGACAGAAGUGUUAAACCAGCUGAAAGUUCCAGAGGUGUAUGUUAUUGGGCCAGGAGGGGAAGAGGGGACACAACUGUUUCUGCCUUCUUCCUGCACAGCCUUGCUCCCAGCUUUUUCAUGCAGCCCCCCGUGAUCCUUGACUAGCAGCGCUGAGACUUUCGGAAGCCUAGUCUGCCCCUCCCCCUCCAGUAACGGUUCGGUGACACAAAUGGCUGCUUUCAUGCUGCGUGAAUGAAGCCAACUCACUUUUUAAAAAGUGGCACGAUCCAGUUGGUGUUAAUAACUUCUCAACUGGACUGAGUUCAAAGGGAGAGAGUUCAGCAGAAGACGUACGUGUACACGCUCAACUCUGGCACUGAAAUCCGUGAGACUCGAGAGUGCUUAACGUACGUCAAAACAUUUUUGUAGAGUAAAGCUCUGUCGCGUGCAACAGCCCCCUCAGAGCAGCAAAAUCGGACCUUCUCCCUGUCAGCUCACCCACGUUGCUGCGCGAUAUUGUCUACCACCUGAUCCGCUGGCUGCAAGAUGAAGCCAUUAUUUUGCCCCUGUGUGUUACACAACUGUUGCCACAGCUUAGUUUGAGCAGCCAACAAGUGAAGAACCUCCAGUGCUGUUCGCUGUGAACUUUCUAAAGUAGUGUGCUUCGGUAGCUUCUACGGCAGGGCUGUGGUGAUACGAGGUUCGUAAAUUUAGCCAUGCUUUUAUCUGGGCUGACAAAUGCAACGUGCAUUGAUGUAACACCCCUUCCCCCCCAAAAAAGUGUGUUGUUUCAAAGUGGAGGCAUUACCUUUCCCUCUCAAAUAUAUCUUCAAAUGCAACUGUGCAUGUUUUUUUUUUUUUUUAAACUUGUUCCCAUUUCUAUAUCCAUUUAAAGUAGAUUAUUCAGUCUGGGGUUUUGUUGGGCUGUGUUUGCCCCUUUGCUGCCACAUAACCAUGCUUCAGCCAAAACAGGGGAUCCCAAUGGUCCAGAUGGCUGUUUGGGUCAAUUUGUGGAGCCAGCUGUGUCAGUGUCAAGUUGCACAGCUGGAUUUCUCUUACAGAUGGCCUGGGAUGUCCACAGCAUCCAUCACCUGCCUGCCUAUGCACUACAGCGCCUACUCUAAAAGGCAGCCUGUCGCUGUCUGGGCGUGCCCUCCUGCAGGCAACAUGAGACAGAGAGAGCACACGUAUCAUAGGAAGUUGCAAGUGAAACACAGUGAAUCCAAAAAGCAACAAUAAGCAGAAGAGGCACUUGGCGUGGCCCUCGAGCGUACUGCCUAAAGUAGGCUCUGAUUCCAUAGAGUAAAUUAGGCUGGGCAGAGAUCUGAACAGAGCACGGAACAGCAGAAGUGGUCGCAACAUGCUUUUGUGCUUGAGCAGCUUCCGUUCAUUUCACUGGGUCUUGUGCAGCAUGACUUAUUUAAGUAGCUAUGUGUACAAAUCAGAACCCUACUAUCCAGAGUCCUUUUUAGGAAGAAUGAUGGAGAGAUAUCACAAAGCUGUGUAUAACAGAUUGCAAACACAAGCACUGUAACGAAAGGCUUUUGCUACCCUUUGUAAUGAUUAGAGUUGCAUUUAUUUUAGAGCUAGAAAAGUGGGCCUGUUCUCAUGGGGACCAUACCUGUGUAUGUGUGUUGUCAGUCUCACCAGGCUAACACCUGGACAUUCUGCAUACUUUAAGUGCAGACCAAGGGCAGGAUGCAAGCAUGGCCAUCUGUAACAACCUUUGGGGAACAAAAACUAAAGCCGCACAAAGCUUUUUGACUGUGUUUCUUGUCCAUAUGUAUAGCCAUUUUUUUUGUUAACGUAAGAAUUAAAAGAUUUAAAAGCA